GUUUCGGCGGGACGAGGCUCCGCCACUGUGCAGACGCCACCACUACCUGCUUUACAACACACGCCUGCGGCCUCCUCCUCUGUCAACACUGGUUACUCCUCCCCUGGAACACCUACCUGCACCCGGUACCCAUCUGCAUCAGGCCACUAAGACAGCGAUUACAACGAUACCGUAUUUUAAUUGCAUUGUAAAAAUUGUAGCCUAUUAACACUUAAUCAAGUUCGGAAGUGAAGAGGCACAUUGCUAUGAGUAACAAAGAGACAAAUGGACCGGUGGGUCAGCAGGCACCCAGCAGGCUGUCCCAGGACCUCAUUACCGAGAACCACGUGCAAGCGGCGCUGACCUCAGACAAAGGCAAUGACGCUCAGCUGCUGACGUGGUCCGUAAAGGACUUCACUACCAAAGGUGACAACUACGCAUGCAUCGUGACAAGUAUAGCGGUCAAUUAUCGUCAAGGAGGAGAAGAGAAGAAAGUCACGUAUGUAGCCAAGUGUAAUCCGUGUCGUCAGAUGUUAUCCUUCAACAAAUUUACUAACGUAAUAUUUCAGAAGGAAGCCGGAUUUUACACGGAUUUGGUGCCUUUGCUAAACGACCAACUGAAGCGCGCCGGACAACAACCAUUACGGGUAGCCCCCUGCUAUUUCUUCCACUUGGAGGAAGACGAGGAAGUCAUAAUUCUUGGAGACUUACGUCCAGAGGGUUACAAGAUGUUUGACCGCAAGAAAGGAAUGAACAAGGCACACGCCGUCCUGGUGUUGCGGGAGCUGGGUAGGCUUCAUGCCGCCUCCAUCUUGCUUCAACACGAAAUUUCAGAAGAUCUGGGAGCUAAGUACACAUACCUUCAGAAAGAUUUCCAUUCUUUCUAUGAAGACGCUUCUGCAGACUUCGUUAAAAUGAUCGGAGGAGCAUUCACCACCGCAGCGAACAUGGCUGGUAAAAUCGAUGGGUACGAGAAAGUGGCUUCCUGGCUGAGGGACUUCGGACCGAAGAGUAUGGACGGUUUAGCUCAACAGUUAGAAAACAGUCCUCCAUUUGACGUCCUUUGCCAUGGUGACUCUUGGAACAAUAAUAUUUUGUUCAGGUAUGAUGAGCAAGGCCUCCCCGUGGAUGUCAGACUCUUGGACUUCCAGAUAUGUCGCAAAGCUUCCCCGGCCACCGACCUCAAUUACUUCAUGUACACCAGUUUCAACGGAGACGACAGAAAGGACAACUUAGACGUGUUCAUAAACACCUACUUCGACUCCGUGAAGAAGGUGAUGGAGGCCGGCGGUGCUGGUGUUGGGUUCACAGUUCAGGAACUUCGUCAGGAGUAUCACAAGAAGAACCUGUUUGGGUUAAUCAUGGCGAUGAUGGUCGUUCCUCUUGUGGUUAGUGAGGGCGCAGACGUGAUGGAUCUGGACAGUCCGAUAGAAGACAUGGACAAGUUCAUGAAGGAGCACCAGGAGAAGGUCUCCCAGGAGCUGGACAACAACCCGCUUCUCCGUCCUCGACUGCUCGCUAUAUUUGAUGACAUGGUGGAGUAUGGAAUAAUAUCAUAGGUGUGAGCCGGCUUAAACUAAAAUAAAGAACAACGCUGACAUCAAA